AUGUUAAAGUCAUUAAAGAUAUUUAAAUCGAGAAAGGAUAACAUUUGUGCGAAACCUGGUUGUAAUAAUCAAGUUAAGAGGGAAAGGAAUGGAACUGUACUAAAUUAUUGUAGUACAACCUGUCAAAUGAACAAUUAUGCUCCCGGUUCAGAAUAUGAAGAAGAAUCUUGGGAACCACCAACUUAUACUCCUGAAGCCAAUACUUCAAAUCAAUGGGGAGUUUGGACUCCUGAUAAUAGUAGACCUCCUCCAUAUGCUUUCGAAGAUGAUGAUAUUUUUGCCACUAAUGAUAGAACUCAAGUUACACCCCUUUGGGAACCUGAUGAUGCCCCCCCUUCACCUUUGUCGGUGUCUCGUCCUAAUCCAACUGAUGAUUUUCCAAUUUGGUUGGGAGCUUCGGUUGACCCACUAUGGGUUCCUCCUUCAAGUGAUAACAAUCAUUCAAGAUAUUCGUCAUCUAAUCUUACUCCUCGAUCAACCACUCCUUCCGAUGAUGAAGAGAUUCAAUGUCCCGCGUGUACUUUUUUUAUCCGUCCAAAUAAGACCGUUUGUGAAAUGUGUGGUACAACCAUAACUAGGCUUGAACCAAAGAAAAGUCAUUAUAAAUCAAAAUCUACAAUUACAAGUUUUCGUGAUUUAUACGAAGAGGAUGAGGAUGAAGAACCCUUAAAUCCAUUCGCGGAUCCUAUACCUCCUUUACCAAGGCGAAAUAAUAAUCAUUCUUCCUCUUCAAAUAAGAAUGAUAGAUCAAAUAAUUCUAACAAAACGAAUAACUAUGAAAGAUCAAAUUAUUAUGAUUAUUCGGAUUAUGAUUUCUCUAAUCCACGUCCGUCACCUCCAAAUGACGAACUUUGGAUUGAGCCCACAUCAAAUCGUAGAUCAAGACCACCUCCAGAGCCUAUACAACAUAAUUACAGAAACACGAGGGAAUAUUCAAGACGUAAUGUGCAAAAUCCGCAAAAACCGCCUACACCUCCUCCAAACGAUAAUGAGAUUACAUGUUCAGCAUGUAACUUUAAUAAUCAUCCUUCCAUGACUCAUUGUGAAAUUUGUUACUCACAAUUAAUCAAGUCACCACCGCCGGAACAAAAAAAUAGAGCAACAGCGGGAGGGAGGUUUAAUCAACUAGAAACACGGGCAAAAAAAGCAUGCUCGGCCUGUUCUUAUUAUAAUGAUUCUGAUAGUGUCCAAUGUGAAAUGUGUUAUUCUCCUAUCGCUGGGGUUGCUCGUAAAACCACUUUCAACCUACCUUCGUUAUUUAAACAUGAUGUUAAUAUGACGCAAUGUCCAACUUGUACAUUCAUGAAUCAUCCUUCGAUGCCACAAUGUGAAAUGUGCCGAAACGAAUUACCGGGAUCAAAUGCUGCACUACAACAAUUGCAAUUUCAACAAUAUCUUGAUAAUUUACCUGGACCCGCAACCAAAAUAUUUAACCUGCCAUUGGACGACCAUGAUUAUAUGGCUACACAGCAAGUAUCUUUGUCAAAAAAACUAUACGCACAAUUCUUCAAGGUUGGACUUCCAAACGCGCGUAUUUUAGCAAUUUUUAGAGUGAUUAUGCCAGCGAGAUUAAUUCAAGCACAUGAAACAUACAAGAAACAAAUUUCUGGUAAUCAGCCAGCAAAUAACGUCACUCAUCGAAUGUUUCAUGGAACUCAAGUUGUUUGUGACGCGACUCGACUUUAUGGAAAUGCCGAAUGGAAAUUUUGUGCUGCGGUUAAUUGUGGAUUAUGCGGUAUUGCUCAAAAUGGAAAUAGUUGCGCAAAAUCGAAACACGGUGGAAGAAUGUGGUUUGCGAACACUUCACAAACUUCUUUGGGGUAUUGUAGAACAGAUCCAAUCAAAGCCAUGUUUGUUCUUGAUCUCAUAGCAGCAACUGGGGCAGCUAAUGGAAUUAUUAUUGUCGAUAAAGAAGCGAAUAGAUUUAUCGUUAAAUGUCAAAUGGAAAAUAGUAAUUCCCCAAGAUAUGUUCUUCUUUCAAGUUCUGAUGAAAUCGAUGUGGAACAUGUGCUCCCUAAUCCAUCAGAAUUAUCUAAUAAAAAACUAUGGUAUAAAACACCUUCCGCAUACUGGUUGCUACCAAUGUUCAUAGCUAUUUUGAUGACAAGUGGGCUAAGCGCUGCCGCUGGAAUCCAGCUUUAUGUAUUGGCAGUGUGUCAUGAUCUCUAUCCAGAAAAAGUUCCUCUAUCAUUUAAAUCAAAUCUCGAUGAUGCGUGUAUAAAUGCUGAUAUGCAAGCCAAAGUUGCCCAAUAUCUUGCGAAGUCGAGUUUGUUUACUGCUAUCCCAACUAUAUUUGUUCUUGGACCACUCGGAACAUUAUCGGAUAGGAAGGGAUGUAAAUCAACUUUAUUGAUAUCAGCUAUAGAAAUCUUUCUCACCACGUUAAAUUUAUUAUUAGUCAGUAACUUUUAUGAUAAGGUUGGAUUAUAUACUUAUUUAAUAGGAUCAUUUAUAGAUAGAGUAACUGGAGGUUUCUAUGCAUUAUCUGAAGCAAGCUACGCAUACAUUACAGAUUGUACUCAUCUAAUACGAAAUGUGAUGUUUAGAUGGAUACAAGAUGCUAUGUUCGCAGGAUAUUCAGUAGGGCCCACAAUAGGCAGAUAUUUGAUCAAAGGAACGGAUAAUUUACUUUCAAUAUAUUAUGUAACGCUUGUAAUGUAUAUUUUGUUGGUCUUAUUUUACUUUUUUAUAUUACCUGAAUCUCUAUCAAAAGAAAAAUUGUUGAUGAACGUAAAAUGUCAACAAGAAUUAUUUUCAAUUAACUGA